AAAAAAGUUGUGUUAUAUAGUUAUCCCUUGGAAUGAUAAGAUUUUUUUAUUUGUACUUUGAAAUGGAUCUCUUUACUUUUUAAAUACGAAACAAAAGUCGAUGGCUGCCAGAAAAAAAAUCGUGGUGAAGAAGGUAGUUGCCGUCAAAUCAAUUGGGAGAUCUAAAAAAAGAAAGAGAAAAUCAACGAAAAAGGAAAUAAUUUGCGGAGAGGGGAGAAAUAAUCCGGUGGAGUCGGCGCAUUGUGUUCACGUGAUGACGUGACACUACGUGGGACUCAUUUUUUUAUGCAAUACAGCUCAGUUUCCGAUUCGAUGGCGGGAACCUCUCUCCUCAACCCGUCGUUUCCGGUGGAACAAAAUGGGUCCGACCAGCUCCUACUCGCGGGUCCGAAACCGUACGGAGGAAAACUGACACGUGGAAAGAGCGUGGGCCGCCCGCUCGGCUGUGACAUCAG